UUGUUGAAAAGCAAUACCGCCGUCUUAUAAUGUAGUGGUUAGACUUGGUUCUUUAAUGCUUGGCGAGAUGGAAGUAAUGCUAAAAACACUGGGAGAACCAAAAAAUAUGCAGUUAAGAAUCCCUUCGUGGUCGGAGACGCAGGCGGCCCUAACUAGGAAAAAGGUGGUGAAAGCAAAUGAGGAUACCAUGCUAGCCAAAGUGUUAACGACUUUGGAUUUAACUGCUCUGGGUGUGGGCAGUACCUUAGGUGUUGGUGUGUAUGUCUUAGCUGGAGAUGUUGCUAAAAAUACUGCGGGACCAGCUGUGAUUAUAUCCUUUUUUAUUGCCGCCAUCGCGUCUAUUUUAGCAGGGCUGUGUUACGCCGAGUUUGGAGCUAGAGUGCCAAAAGCUGGAUCUGCCUAUGUUUAUAGUUACGUUUGCAUUGGCGAGUUUUUUGCCUUUAUUAUAGGAUGGAACUUAAUAUUGGAAUAUCUCAUAGGGUCAGCAACAGGAACGAAGGCCAUAUUUCUCUACAUAGACGAACUAGCCAAUAACACAAUGAAAAACUUUUUCGAAGAAACAAUGCCGAUUACGGGCAACCAAAUUGCGUCCUAUGCGGACAUAUUUUCCUUUUUGCUGUCACUGCUAUUUUCCGUUGCACUAGCCUUCGGAGCCAAGGAAUCUUCCUUAGUAAACAAUGUUUUCACCCUAACAAAUAUAUGUGUGGUUAUUCUAGUCAUCAUAUCAGGAUUAUGGAGAGUUAACUCUUCAAAUUGGAACAGAACAAAAGAAGAGGCGGGCGGAUAUGGAGAGGGAGGUUUCGCUCCUUAUGGAGUGAAGGGUAUUAUAAAAGGAGCUGCUAGGUGCUUCUACGGAUUUAUUGGGUUCGAUUGUAUUGCCACAGCAGGAGAGGAAGCUAAAACUCCGCAAAAAUCUAUACCGAUUAGUGUUGUAAUGUCUCUUUUAAUAGUAUUUCUGGCAUACUUUGGCAUAUCCACAGUUAUAACUAUGAUACUGCCAUAUUACAAACAGGAUGAAAAUGCACCGCUAGCUUACAUUUACAGUCAGCUGGGAUGGACUGUUAUUAAAUAUAUCGUCAGCAUUGGAGCUAUCUGUGGACUUUUUUCCAGUUUAUUAGGGGCCAUGUUUCCUUUACCGAGGAUCAUUUAUGCAAUGGCCAAGGACGGUUUACUGUUUAAAUCCUUAGGAAGGGUGCACCCCACAUUUCACACUCCUUUCAUGGGUACUUUAAUUGCAGGAGCAUUCGCAGGUACGCUAGCCUGUAUUUUUGAGCUAACGAAGCUGACAGAAAUGAUGUCUAUUGGAACAUUACUAGCAUAUUCCAUGGUUUCGGCAUGUGUAUUAGUUUUAAGAUAUUCGCUAGAUUCAAAGGACAAGAAACUUGAAGAUAAGGGACCAAUAAAAGUCAGUCUUUAUCUGAAACAAAUUUUUAAAAGAAAUACAGUGCACCCCACUACAAUAACCUCUUCUGUAGUCUCGUGGGAGAUAGUAAUAUUUUUCAUACUUUGCUUCAUCCUUUCUGGAUUUAUGACUGGAUUCGAAAACGAUCUCUACGAUGGAACACCAUGGCUUAUAGCUGUCUGCUCCAUGUUGGCCAUCGUCGCCAUUCUUGUAUUAGUUUUUGUUUCAUUUCAGCCGACCUCAAAUACCAAUAUAGGAUUUACAGUUCCUUUGGUGCCUUGGAUACCCGGAAUCAGCAUUUUCAUAAACAUAUAUUUAAUGACAAACAUCCAGAAAGAUACUUGGAUCAAAUAUGCCUAUUGGCUAAUAAUAGGUCUAGUGGUUUAUUUCGUUUACGGGUUGUGGCACAGUAAUGAAAGGGAUCGGAAUAAAAAUCAAGCGGCUGCAGAUAUUGAAGAAGAUAAAAUUUCAGCGUCCACGUUAGAUCGCACAUCCACAAUUGACACAGGAAUUACCAGUUGACCAUGACAAAAUUGUAUAUAAUUGGUUGAUAUUUAUUAUGUAAUUUUUAGUCGAUGAGCAUUUAUUAUUUGAUUAUAUUUCUAACAUCAGAAUUGAUCGUAUAAUCAUUUUAUGUGUUUAAAAUAGUAUAUCUUGGCAUUUGCUAAUGACUAUUUGUCUAAAACUUUUUUAAUAAACUGUACAUACA